GCCAACAGAACUCGCUGACUUGUCAUUUCGGUUUCGCACUCUCAUCAAAAGCCAGUCAAUUCCCCAAAUCCCAUCCUCAUAUUUUCCUCACGAAUCAAUCCGCACUCGUUUUCGAAUCCUUUUCUGAUGACGACGAAUCAAGACGACGCAUCGCAGAAUCAUGACCAGCAACAACAAAAACAAUCCCCGCCGGUUGUCCCCACGGCUCCACCGGCUGCUUCUGCUGACGUGGAGAGCCAGACGGAGCCGGCACCGGCCCAGGCCCGGGCGGCUGGGAGCGGGUUUGGGGUGGCAGGGAUCAUACGGCGGUGGAAGAGAGAUGACUUGUUGAGGAAAGGCUCUCUGGCAUUGAGAGGACUGUCCUUGGUCUUCUCUUUGCUGGCUUUCAUCAUCAUGGCCAGUAACAAACACGGCGAUUGGAAAGACUUCGAUAAAUAUGAAGAAUACAGGUAUUUGUUGGGAAUAGCGAUAUUGGCGACGUUGUACACCGGCGCACAAGCUUUCAAAAAUGCCACCGGGAAAGAGAUGUUUCAGCGCCGGACGUCGGCGUUGGCCGACUUCAUCGGAGAUCAGAUUAUGGCAUACCUUCUGAUAUCAUCAUCAUCUUCGGCGAUUCCGUUAACAAAUAGGAUGAGGGAAUCACAAGACAACAUCUUUACAGACGCCUCUGCAUCUGCCAUUAGUAUGGCUUUUCUCGCUUUCGUUUCCCUUGCACUCUUGGCCCUCAUUUCCGGACACAAGUUAUCUUCUCAGUCUUACAUCUGAUACAAUAACAGACUUCAUUUCUUCCAUCUCAAAAUUUUCUUCUUUUUUCUUCUUGUGAAUGUAUUCAUGUAAAUUUACUUGGCAAACGGAGUACUUUAGUGUUCACAUUCGUUUAUGUAAUUCUUCAAUUGGUUUGGGGUGAUCUCAGGCAUUACGCCAUUGUGCAUAAUAUGAUGAGAUAUGAUGUACAUCUUAUUUUACACAUGAAUACAUACUUUUCUUCUGUUCAAUAAACAAAGUCUUGCCUUUCUUUUCA